GCGAGCGUCGCGCAGCAGCUCGGGCCGGAGAUGGCGGAGCAGAUCGUGGUGUACCAGGGCAACCUCACGAAGAAGGCGGGGCAGAUGCGCGCGAUGAUGGCAAGCCUCAAGUACUUCCGGGAGCAGACGGAGAUGUACCAGGAGCGCUACGACGAGCUCCACACCACACUCGACGGCCUCGCGCGGGAGUACGUGGAGACGCGCGAGCGCCGCGACCGCGAGCUCACACGGAAGGGCGCAACCGACGCAGGCGCUGGCGCGAUGCACAACAUCGAUGACGACGCGCAGAACGAUGUGUAUCUCGGCUACAUCGCCCCGCCCCGCCACGACAGCACGGAGGCCGCGAGUGAUAGUAGCACUCUUGCUGCAGCUGCUGGCGGGGGUCUCGUUCUUGGGUACAGUGACGACGAGCAAGGCGACCAACAGCAGCAGCAGCAGCAG